UUUCCCGGGGUGGGCAACGGAAGGCUAGGACCCAGCAGGGGCUUGAGAGCACCGGGCACCGGUACUCAGCAUCCCGCCCGGACGGAGUGGGAGGCGGAGCGGGAGGAGGUGGCAGCGCGGCUGUAGUGAGGCCGGCGCUAGGACCCGCAGGGGCUCCGAGCCGAGUCCCCUCUAUCCCUGCCCCGAAAUGAGGAAGCCUUGCAACUUGCUCCGAGUUGAGCCACCGGGCACUCAACCCGCUGGCGGGGACCCUCCGGGGGGUGCGCCCUGAGCAGGUGAGCCCUCGAUUCUUCGGAGCUUGGCACCCCACGCCUGCCGCAGCUAGGAUGCCAACGCGCUGGGCCCCUGGUACUCAAUGUAUGACCAAGUGUGAGAACUCUCGCCCCAAGCCCGGCGAGCUAGCCUUUAGAAAGGGUGACAUGGUGACCAUCUUGGAGGCCUGUGAGGAUAAGAGCUGGUACCGAGCCAAGCACCACAGCAGUGGGCAGGAAGGGCUGCUGGCAGCCACUGCUCUGCGACAGCGGGAGGCCCUCUCCACAGACCCCAAGCUCAGCCUGAUGCCAUGGUUUCAUGGCAAGAUCUCUGGUCAGGAAGCUGUCCAGCAGCUGCAGCCACCCGAGGACGGGCUGUUUCUCGUGAGGGAAUCAGCUCGUCACCCUGGAGACUAUGUGCUGUGCGUCAGUUUCGGCCGUGAUGUCAUCCACUACCGUGUCCUGCAUCGGGACGGGCACCUCACCAUUGAUGAGACCGUGUGUUUCUGUAAUCUGAUGGACAUGGUGGAGCACUACACCAAGGACAAGGGGGCCAUCUGCACCAAGCUGGUGAAGCCAAGGAGGAAACAGGGAGCAAAGUCUGCAGAGGAGGAGCUCGCCAAGGCUGGCUGGCUGCUUGACCUGCAGCAUCUGACGCUGGGAGCACAGAUUGGAGAGGGGGAGUUUGGAGCUGUCCUACAGGGUGAGUACCUGGGACAGAAGGUGGCUGUGAAGAAUAUCAAGUGUGAUGUGACGGCCCAGGCCUUCCUGGAUGAGACGGCUGUGAUGACAAAGCUGCAGCACAGGAACCUGGUACGACUCCUGGGUGUGAUCCUGCACCAUGGCUUGUACAUUGUCAUGGAGCACGUGAGCAAGGGCAACCUGGUGAACUUCCUGCGCACGCGGGGCCGUGCGCUUGUGAGUGCGUCUCAGCUCCUGCAGUUUGCUCUUCAUGUUGCCGAAGGCAUGGAGUAUCUGGAAAGCAAGAAGCUGGUCCACCGGGACCUGGCUGCUCGAAACAUCCUGGUGUCGGAGGACUUAGUGGCCAAGGUCAGUGACUUUGGCUUAGCAAAGGCAGAGCGGAAGGGGCUGGACUCAAGCCGGCUGCCAGUCAAGUGGACAGCACCUGAGGCUCUCAAAAAUGGGCGCUUCUCCAGCAAGUCGGAUGUCUGGAGUUUUGGGGUGCUGCUGUGGGAAGUCUUCUCAUAUGGAAGAGCCCCAUACCCCAAGAUGUCGCUAAAGGAGGUUUCAGAGGCUGUGGAGAAGGGUUACCGCAUGGAGCCCCCCGACGGCUGCCCGGGCCCUGUGCACACCCUCAUGGGCAGCUGCUGGGAGGCAGAGCCUGCUCGACGACCACCCUUCCGCAAAAUAGUGGAAAAGCUGGGCCGAGAACUCCGCAGUGUGGGUGUCACAGGCCCUGCUGGGGGACAGGAGGCUGAGGGCUCAGCUCCCACAGGGAGCCAGGACCGCUGACCACUGACCGCUGAAGCAGAAAGCAGAGGGACACAAACACAGGGUGCCAGGGCCGGGAUGAGCCGGUGCACAGGCUCCGAAGCCCCCCGGGCUCCUCAUGCUGGGACACCCCAUAAAGAGCAAUUGGAAGGACUUUGUACA